AUGAAAGUGGGUGAUGGUAGCCGCACUUCUGCAUGGUAUGAUACUUGGAGUAAUUUGGGCCCUUUAUCGAAUAUUUUGACUCCAAGAGUUAUCUCUAAUGUGGGGUUUCAGCUGGAUGCUAAGGUUAAAGAUGUUCAUGAGAACGGCUCUUGGUCCUGGCCGAUGGCUUGGAGGGAUUUGUAUCCAGUUUUAAUUCAACGGGAUCACAUCACGUUGAAUCCUGUUGAGAGGGACGAGAUUUGUUGGAAAGAUGGGAGUGAGCUUCUUGAUUACUCUUCCACAAAUGUUUGGCACUCGAUUCGUUUUAGAGAGCAGGAUGUUAAUUGGGUUAAGAUCGUAUGGUUUCCCCAAUGCAUCCCUAAACAUGCGUUUCUUAUGUGGUUAAUCCUACGGCGUAAACUGUUGACCCAGGAUAAAAUUCUACAGUGGGAAUUUUCUAGACGGAAGAACAUGAACAUGAUGUGUUGUGCUCUGUGUUUCGCGGAUAUUGAUUCACAUCAGCAUUUGUUUUUUGAAUGCAAGUUUUCAUCGCAUAUAUGGAAUAAGGUUUGA